UCAAAAUUCAGGACAUUAAAUACGGCAAAGAAACCCGUGAGCCGCCAAGAAAACACUAAAUUGCUUAGAAAAGGAAACUUUGUCAAUGUCUUCAUUUAAGUAAGUGAAAGAUAAACGCCAGAGGAUAAUACGUCAUUUGUGGCUGUAGUGGUGGUGGUGGUGCUGCUUCUACUGCUAGUGCAUUAAGUCCAACCAACAACCUUGGCUUCACUCAACUCAACUCACCAUCCAAGAGCAACAGGAGAGGGUGCUGCCGACACAACAAAGCCAAGUAACCAUCUCUUGCCUCCAAUGCGAAUGACAAGAAAAAUGUUCUAAAUAAAUUUAAAAAAAAGAAGAAAAAAAAAACGACACCGAGAACGAAUAAUCCAACACGUCAAGAAAAGAUUUUACACGAUUAUUGCAAGAUUAAUUUAUUGCAAGACAAAAGACAAAAUUUCCCCUCUUCCUAACCGUGCGGAUUGUCACCACCAUCAUCAUCAACCGUAUUAUUAUUAAAUCUCGAGAUUGAAGAGUAAAAUUUUGUCCAAGAAAAACGGGAGAAAAUUGUAGCAGCAACGAAGAAUUCGUUAAAAAUUUAAGUACGCCAUACAUUGAUACAUAAACAUAUUACAAAAUGAGAGGCCGCCAUUUACGUAGACGUUUCAGUUUACAGCCAUCCUUUAUGAAGGAUGACCAUGCCGAUGAUAAAACCAAACGUGACAAAGUUGGCCGGAAUAAUGCUGUGGACGAUGCCAUCGGCCCGACAAAUGCCCGUCACAAAAUCGUUGUCAUGGGCGCUGCCAAAGUCGGCAAAACCUCAAUAAUUACACAAUUCCUUUACAACACAUUUACGACCAAAUACAAGAGGACCAUCGAAGAGAUGCAUCAGGGCAACUUCUCCAUAGCCGGUGUCAGUCUCACGCUGGAUAUUCUUGACACAGCUGGUUCAUAUGAGACAGAAUUAUUGCUUGUUAAAAACCACCUCCGGCCUGUUAUGUCAGCUGUCAUAACAAUUCAUGGCAAAGGAGAAACACAGGAUAUCUAUCAGCAGGCCAUGCGGAAACGGGAUGCUGUCGCUGAUGCUGGUCACUUGCCAUUAGUAUUUCUGAUAACAAGCUUUUAA